UUGCAAUUGCAAUAAGUGUAGAAUAGCGUACGCCUACGAGCAUUCAGCAAAUAGAUCAAAGAUGGUGAUGACAACUUCACCGCUGCAAAACUCUGGUCUUCGCCAUUGUGAGCUCGUUUCUUGGUCUCUUAGAAAAUGUUUUUUAAAUGCUUUCUUUCAAUUGUAGCGCCAGUUGAUUUUGGCGCCUUCUCAUCUUUUUACCAUGUAACUUUCGCCGAAAUUUACUUACCAAACAAAGGUGAUUGAAGAACGUUUAUUGUCGCAGUUCUUUCAACGAAAAUAAAAAAUAAAUAAAAUAAAAUGCAGCUAGAGAAUGAGAAACCUCAAUUGUGCCACUACGACUUCUGACUGGAUUUUACCGGAGUAUAGUCAAAACACCUAUUCACAUUUAGAUGACAUGGAGAAGGGUUGUUUGUAUUUACAAUGUGAUCCAACUGCAUCAUAACAUGGGAGCAGUCAUCAGGAAGCGUCCAUAAUUAUUGCACGGAUUUACGGAGUUCUUAACUCUGCGCGAAUUGUUUCAAUGCCUUUAUUGAGGUUCGAUUUUCUUGUCGGCGAAAAUUGGAAGAAUCCCUGAAGCGCGACGCAGACAUGAGAGUGAAGCUCGGCAGCUCAUUACCUGUUAUAUUUUUUCGGUCGUAGUAGAUUUCUUCUUUUCUUAUAUGUAUCUUGUCCCUUUUAUAAGGGAAUUGAUGGCAGGAUCUGUUGGGUAAGUUUUCAGGUCGCUAUAAAAAAUUAUUUUUGUCAUUGCGACUUUCUAAUGUUUUUAUAUGUUUGUUCAGUGUUGAUGGAUUCUAUCGUUCUCUUGAUUUCUCUAAUUGUUUCUGGGAUUAACUCGGUUUUGUCUUGGAUUACAAGUGCUGUGGGCUUCGGAAUGCUAGCAGAAACAAACGAAUUGUCGCCUGAAGAUUAUAUCCCACUGAAAAUCAGUCCAAUGAUCUUCUCUACAGUACCUUCAAACAACUGUCCUCCUCUGUACAUUUUGAGAAACCUUGACGCUUACACAGAAACCGGAUCAGUCUAGGGAUGCUAAAAGCAUCGAAAUUUCAUACUCGAAACAUUCUUGUGAUGAUAUCCUGUCGUUUUAUGUAUUGUCUAAACAGGUUUAUCUUCGGUUUUUAUCUAAUUAUUUUAUUUUCGGUUCCCGUUUUAUUUAUUUCUAUUGAGCUUUUCUACGUAAACACAUUUCAUAGGCUGUUUUCGUUGAAACCAACAUUGUUUCAACGCUGCUGUUCAGACUUCUUACAAUGAAAAAAUGGAGGACCUGGUGAGAUAAUUGGAUUGUUGACUUGCUAGUGGGUUCUGUCUAAUCUAAUCUACAUGUUGGAUGUUAUUUAUUCUUUUUAUAAUCAAUGAUUUAUUCAUGAUUCCUUUACUUUGUUAAAUAGAGCUAAUGAUGAUGAACUCAAUCAAUUAUUAAAUCAAAUCAAGAAUGACCUUUGCUUAAGCUUUUCCCUCAGCCAGAAGUAUUAUGCAAGUCAAAGUAUCAUGAUGAUCAAAAUGAAACUCUGCAACAUUGUGUUUGCA